ACAGGGAAGCUUGUGUUGUGUUAGUAGUUCGCCGUGCCUGGUUGUGUGUUUCGCUCGCGAGUGGUUUCAGUUUAUCUUCUAUUUGAAUUUGCGUAGUUUUACUUUACCGAAUAUUUUAAAUAAUUUUUGUAUAAUUUCAUCGCUUUACAUUCAAAAUGUCGUAACAGCUAAUUACCGUGUUGUGUUUUUGUUGAAUUUCAUCAUUUGUUCGGUUUUACGAAAAAUGCCGCGAAAAUGAAAUCUUAAUCGUGUUUUUAUUUUCGCGUAAAAUGCCUAAUCCGAUGGUUAUUCGUUCGGGAGAAUGUAAAAAGUUUUCUCCGAAUAUUUUCAACAAGACCAAAUGUACCAAUUGCUUCAAACAAAAGGAGGAACACAGCGCCGAAGCUCUAGAAAGCAACAGGGCUACGAGGAAAGUGGCGAAAUGUGGAUAUCUGUUCGUGGCACCUGGAUGGGACUUUACUAAUCCAAUCAAUCGAACUAAGAGAUGGCAACGAAGAUGGUUCGUUUUGUACGACGACGGAGAAUUAAGUUAUUCGCUGGACGAACACCCCGAAACCGUACCUCAGGCAUGCAUCGAUAUGAAUAAAGUAGUGGACGUUGCCGAAGCCGAAGAAUUAACCGGAAAUCCGUACAGUUUGGCUAUUACAACACACGACGAAGUACAUUUUGUAAAAGCCACCAGUAGAGAAGAAACAAAAUGGUGGAUGGACGUUUUAUCGGUGUUCCCGAGGUCAAAGGGUCGACAUAAAAGGAAUGCAACAUUUCCAGUCAGCAAGUCUGUCACGAAUGUCGCUGUCGCAACUAACGGCUCUUUGAUGCAACCAACCGUUACUUCUACCAGAUCAGCUUAUAUCGAUGUACCGACGAACCGUGAAACCGUGUGCAGUGACGAUAAAAACAGAAGCAGACGUACUCAAAGUCGUGAAAAAAGAAACCUAAGUGCUGGCCAUAGUUAUUCCGAAGAUUUGACCAAAAUAUUACCAACGUGGCAUGAGAAGAAAACUGACCUUUCUCGAAGACUGAUUUUGGAAGAGUUUGACGCCGAGUGUAAACUCAAAGAUGUGACCGAUUCGUUAUCACGACCUCAAUCACGUCACAGCACCAGUUCGUUUUCAUCCAGUAAUUUGGAAUCGCUUAAAGAUAUAGAUAUGUCGACGCAUAAACAAGUUCGCGGCGAUCCUGAUGGCUGUGGGUUGGAUUUAUCAACGUUAAGGUAUUCGCCGAGCUCCGAGCUUAGAAUUGAACAAGUGUCUGAAGAUUUGCUCAAUAUUAAAAAAGGCUGGUUAAUGAAACAAGGCAGUUCACCUGAUCAGGAAUGGAAUAAAUAUUGGUUUGUUCUGAGAGGCGUUGCUUUGCUUUAUUAUCGUGAUCCAGCCGCCGAAGAUCAAGGAAUACUCGAUGGUGUUAUUGAUCUAAGCGUUAUGAGUACAAUUACCGAGGUUCAAGUUGCUAGAAAUUAUGGAUUUCAAAUUAAGACUUGGGACGAAAGGCAAUACACGUUGUCAGCGGUAACUGCUGGAAUUCGCGGAAAUUGGAUAUCGGCGAUCAAACGAGCUGCCGGAAUGCAAGACGAUAACAAAAUGGAUACCGAUAAAGAGUUACCACCUACUCCCAGAUCGUUAUUAUUGUCAUCGGACGAAGAAUACCGGACGGCGUCCGAAAAUGGCCGGCAGAGUAGUAGCGAUUGGGGUGAAACGUUACCCCCGUCACCUCCUUUGAAUCGUACACCAAUUUCGCGAGUUAAAGAACGAGCCAGAGGUGUGACGAGGACCAGGCUGUACAACAGUCGUAAUUCUAAAUCAUCUCCGCCGUCUUCUAGACGAUCGAGUACUGAAUCGACUUCGGUACGACAUCAGAGUAUUCUGUCCAGUUGCACCGAUAUUAAAAACGUUCACGAAAAGAGUGAGAAAUCAUCGUUGAUGAAGAAACUGGAGAAACAAGCCAUAGAAUUAGAAGAAGUCAAAAGACAGCUGACCAGUGCUCUGAGGCAACUCAGCAGCGCUGAAGAAGAACUGCUUAGAUUAAGACAACGUCAACAAGAUGUGACUGCUUUGGAAAAACAAAUGGAAGAUACGAUGCAACUUUUACAAAGAGCCGAGGAAACAUUGAAACAGAGAAAUUGCGAACUAUCCGAGUACGAAGCGAUUAAAAAACGUUAUAUGGAAGAAAAAUCAAAUUGGCAAAAGGAAAUUCGAGCUACGGAAUGCGAACUACACGAAACCGAAGAACGAUAUACCGAACUUUGCUGCGAAUUGGCCUCCAGCAGAGAACACGUCGAGCAAUUACGAAACGAAUUGGCCAGCGUUAGCGAACGAUUGGCUCGUGGAAUUGAAGAAAACGAGUCUUUGUAUAGGAGAUUACGCGAAUUAGAAGGUAGAGGAACAGCACUGAGUUCGAUUCGUGAAACAAAAGGACGAAGCUUAGACUCAUUAAGCGAUCUGACCAAUAUCGAUUUCGAUAUGGAUUUCGCCCAGUACGAUAAAGACAGAAUCGCUGAAGAAUACGAAGAACUGAGAGCACGUUUUGAAAAAGCCGUUCACGAAAUUCGAGCCAUGAAGAAAGAGUUACGCGAAUCGCACGUGCAAAACGAUUGCUUAGAGAUAAGUUUAAUAAACGUGCGACAAGAUUUGAAAUGUAAACAACAGUCGUACGAGUCGCAGGCGUCUCUUAUGGCUGCGCGCAUUCAAGACCUCACCAAUAAACUUUCAUCAGCUGAAAAACAAGUGCGAAUGCUGAAACAAAAAUUAUCGAAAUCGGAGAACCGUGAAAAACGUCGUUCGUUGUCGUUAAAAGGUCGCGAAUCGUUCGCCAUUUGUAAAGAACUAGAAGAAAAAUUAUUACUGCUAGAAAAACGUAUCGCUUUACUAGAUCAAGAAAACGCCGAACAUUUCAAAUUGGCUGAAAUGGCUUCGAAAGUCGAUCCGGUCACGACGUCGCCAUCGUCGGUCAAACCAACCAAAGAAGCGCAGUCUCGUAUACGUAGAAAAUCUCUGGACAGCGCGACCAGCUCUGAGCCGAUGAAGAUUCUCAUACGUAUGAAUUCGUUGGAGGCGAAGGUGGCCGAAGCUUCGCGUAAAAUCGUCAUCAGACCUUCGUCGUCGAGCGAGAAUCUCGAAUCGACUCCCGAACUGGAAGAACCGCCUUGCUCCGGCGACGGUAGUCACGAUGCUAGUCUAGAAAACAGCAAUAUCGCCAACGAGAUUAAAACCAUCGAGAAUCUGUUGAAGAAGAAAUUAUGCGAAAUAUACGCUAAGCAAAAAUCGCUCCAAGAAUCCGGCACGUUGACCGAAGAAGCCAAGUUGAACAUUAUGGCUGAGAAAUUAGCCUACGAGUCGAUCUUGGUGUGUCGUCUGCAAGAGAUAGCCGCCGGAUACAAUGAUACCGAUAUCGCAGACGCUGAAAGACUGAUGCUCGAAUUAGAUAAAAAAUUAAAAGGUGAACAGUUAGUUACCAAGUCGCCAUUAGAUUACUUUACCAAAUCACUUUCGCAGUACUUGAAUCAAACCGGUAAACAAGUCGAGCCUUAUGUUAACGCUAAAAAAUCCGUCAAACGGAAAGAAUCGACGGCGGUUAAAAUGCUGCAAAAGAAAUCUAACGCUUUGACUAAGAAAGUCGAUAAAUUCAUGGAUGACCGGAUCGAAGAACUAUCCAAUGUGUUCGUCAACGAUACCCGAAAGGAUUUCGUCAUCAAUGACGACUACGUCGGUAAUAUUAUCGAAAUGGCUCGCGAAGCCAUCAACAAGAAACUCAUUCAGGUUGAAAUUAGUCAAAUUAUGUCGCACUGUAUCGAUAACUACGCUCCUUCUGUUACCUCAUCCGGCGAUAAAGAUCCGUCUUUCGAAUGCCUCAUGGUGAAUCGAGCCAAUCUAGAGCAAUGGUCCGAAUUAGUCUACUCGUCACUAAAAGAGCAAGUUGACGCGGCUAUUGUAAAACUCAAACAAAAAUACGAAUCUAAACUGCUGUCGUCCAAGUUGGAAAAUUCGAUAUUCCCUGUUUCUGUGACGCCUGAAAAUCUCAAACAAUCUUUGCAACAGUUCAUCGAUAUAUUGGCUCAUAAAUGCUUGCUCGAUGCCAGGUUACAGAUUAUCAAAGAGAAAGACUCUAUUAGGGCGAACGAUUGCGAAAUUACCAAGUUGGACGAAGCUACCAUCAUGUCCGAAAUGCAAUACCUCUAUACGAAGAUACAAUGCGAUUUGAAAUCGAACGGUGAAAAAAGAAUAUUCGAUAGUUUGGAGAGCGUCGACGCCGAAGUGUCUGUUUUACGUAAUUCUGUUGAAGAUUUAGUCCGUAAACGAACCCUUUCCGAUAGUGUAUGGGAUAGCACGGAGAGGAUCAGGAUGGAAGACACGUCUACCUGUGAAUCGAAUAGUUCGCAGUCUUCGUGGCUCGAAGGAGUUUGUCGUCGAUGCUUUGAAAUCAAAGAACAAAUCAUUAAUUUGCAAACGUGCCUUAUGCAAAGUCAAGAGUGCCAGAAAUGUUUGUUCCUUCAAGAUCAACUCAAAAGGAAAGAGUUGGAAUUCGAAGAAGGUAAACAAAAGCUUGAGAAUCAACAUAUGCAAGAGCUCGAAUUACUCAAGACUGAUUUUGAAAACGAAAGGAAUUCGCUGAUUACCAAACACGAAGAAGAAGCGAAUGUUUUGAAAGAAAAGGCCAAAAAAUUAGAAAGACGUUUAGGUGCUUUAGAUUCCGAAUACUCGCAACAAAUCGACUGCAUACGCUCAUCAUACCAAAGAACACCGUCUCCCGAAUACGAUAAAGAUAAUUCUUACUCGGAAGAUAGCGUCAGACAGAGAUAUCAGUCCGAAAUUGAGCAGCUUAGAGCAUUAUGCGAAAAAGGCCUGGUAGCCAUGGACAAUUCACACAAAAGAACAAUCACCGACCUGGAAGAAAAACACAGGCAGGAAAUAGAAGCUUUAAGACUGGAAAAGGAGCAAGCUCUUGCAGAAGAAACUCAAGCCACUUUGGCAGCUUUGGACGCGAUGAGGAAAGCUCACGAAGCCGAGGUUCAAAAAGAAAUCGCUAAAUUUAAAUCAGAGUAUUUGAGAAAGGUUCAGUCUAAUCAAGACAUCGGAGCUCUGCACAAAGAACACGAAGCCGAAAUGGAGGAAAUUAAACAAGAAAUAUUAUCGCUAUCAGAAAAAUACUCGAUUAAGUGCGUCGAAUCGGCGGCCCUCGAAGAAGAAUUACGAGCAGCUAAUAACCAACUUGCUCAAGCUCAGCAUCACAUUAUGCAAUUAGAUAACAGGAAUAAACAACUACGAGCUCAUCUAAUUUCCGAAACGAAUGGCUCGAUUCAAGACGAAGAACUUCUGCAACAGUUGGAAGAACGAACCAAACAAAUAGCUAAUUUGAAGGAACAAUUGACAGCGCAUGACGACACACUAAAUACAAUAUGUAAGCACUUGAACAACGGAGAUUUGGAUUACCCCACUUUAAAUUCAUUGCUUGAGAAAUUACAGCUGAAAAAAAGGAUCCAUCGUGGUAUAGACUCAAACUCGCAAAAUAUGAGUAUCGAAGAAAAAGAAGUGAAUUACGUCAAGAAUAAGAUCUUUUUUGAAUCCGGAAUCAUGAAUGCGGAAUUAAAAAGAUACAGCAAAGCUAUGAGAAGAACACCGCAACGUUCACCCUCCCCUUGUUCAGUCAGUGGGAUGGUUGCUGAACGUAAAAAGAUUUUUGAACCUUGAUUUUUCGUAUUAAUUGUUUGCCAUGUUUCAUUUUUAUUCUAUUUAUAUCAUUUUUUUUUACAUACUUUUGUGUUCGUUUGAGAGUAUUAUGUACUUGUAAUUAUCUAUAUCGUCGAGAUACGCCUUGUUUUCAUUAUUAACCCACCAACAAAUAAAUUUAGGAAUAUUGUCUUGUUAUAACGGCGUUAUUUGAUUGUUUUUUUUCUUCUUUUUUUUUCAUUUAUACUUAAAUAAUUUGUAAACCAUUUUGUCAAUUUUCUUUUUCUUCUUUUUUUUUUAAAUAAAAAAAUAAAUAAAUA